AAGGCGCGCCAAUUAUAUCAUUUCGGAAGACAUGGAUGCUGUACCAAGGUUGAAACGGAUUGAGUUUAAAAAGCAACCUCCUCAGAAUGUACGCAAAAGCAACUUUUUCCAUGUCGAUGUCGCUUUACUGAGCGAACAAGACAGGCUGCUCGAUGUAGAGACGGCGAGGUUCAAGAGUUUUAUAUACCAGGAUCCACAGACGAAUGAAAUGAGCAAUGGUUUGAGAUAUAUGAUUAAAUUUUCAUCCGAAGAAGGGUCGUCGAAAUCUGUGCCGGAACUAGAGGUUGACAUCCACUUAGUGGAUUGGAAUACAAAAGAAGUCAUCAUGUACGAUGGGAAAGAUAAACAUCCGGAACUAAAGAAAGUCCUCUUAACGCACGAAGUCCUUUGUAGCCGUUGUAACGAGAAUAAGUCAUGUGGUAACCGAAUUCAGACACCAGCAGAUCCAGUCAUCGACAAAUCGAUGACUGGGAAACUGACGUUUCACUUGAAGUGCAAUCAAAAUGGCCUAAAGAAUGCAGGAACUCCCAAAAGAAAACGAUUAUUUCAAAUAAGGGUAUCCACUGAAAAAAUACCGUUGGGUUACUCCGAAAAGUUUUUUGUUCAUAAUAAUUCGAAAUAUUCCAAUGUGCGUAGAGUAAAACGCCCAAAAGGAUUCACAGGGAUAACUUUUGAACCAACUAUCCAUGCAAUCUGUCCGAACGAGGCUUGGACAUCUGGCGGAACGAAGGUUUUUGUAAUUGGAGAAAACUUCCUUGAUGGUGUUCAGGUUGUUUUCGGAUCUGUUAUUGUCUGGAGUGAGAUUGUAACGCCUCAAGUCAUCAGCGUCCUGACUCCACCGACUCAAUCUCCUGGCACAGUUGACGUAACCUUGAUUUUUAAGAGUAUCCAGUACUGCAAAAGAGAUCCAGCCAAAUUUGUGUAUUCAGUGGUCCCCCCGUUGUCUGCUCUACCGCCGACACAAAACAGUGGGAAUAUCCCUAUUGCUCCCUCGAUGUUUACGUUUCCUGGAAUUACUUCCUCUUCGAUUGCAAGUCCAGCAUCGUGUUCUUAUACCACUAAUGAGAAGCGUGUAAUCGUAAACGGUACAAACGGUACAUUACCUGGUAUU